CGCGAAAAUUUCAAAAUUUCAACGAAGUUGAUGAAAAGCUCCAAUGGAAAAUUGGUUUUAACCCUAUACCCCUCAUAUCCCUUUCUUCCAGCUUCCAACUUUGUCAAUGUCGUCGCUUUCGUGCCCUUCUGAGCCUCCUGAUGUUGGAAAUUGGUUCUCAAGCUAUGAAUACCAGUCUCCCAAUCUCGAUUCCAAUUUCACUCUUCAAGAUUCGUCUUUUGGAAAACGCAAAUCUCCGCAUAUUGAUGAAGAACAUGAAGAGGUUGUUAGAGAGAAGCUAGUACAUUGUAAUGAAACUUGUGUUAAAGAUGAUAAUCAUAGCGAAGAUCCGUGUUUGACCAAGAAUAUGGAUUCUUAUAGCUCAUCCUCACUCUUCUCUGAGCCUCCAAAUAUCAGAAACUGGUUCUCAAGCUACAAUUAUGAGUCUCCGGCGUUUGAUACAUGUAGUCUUUUAAAUGACGAAGUUUCUGAUGGAAAUAAGUGUGUGGAGGAGAGGUUUGAUAUUAAAGUCAUAAAUAAGGAUGAAACCAAGUCUGAGAUUGUGCAGCCGGAAGUUUGUGUUGGACACAAUGGCUCUUUUGAUAAAAACAGGAAGGGUGAUGGUAGCGCCGGAAUGAAGAAAAAUAUAACUAAUGCCAGUACUUCCCAUACGGAAACACUUUUGCAGCCAUGUAUGCAAGAUAAGGCAGUGCAACAUAGUCUUGGUUCAACCAAGUAUAAUGAGAUGGUGAACCGGAAUCAUGGAGGUCCGGGUCUUAAUGGAAUAGCCCAUUUAAUGUCACUGGACACUCAUGCAAGUGCGAUAAGACCUCUAAAUCCGGUACAAAAGCAUAGUAUGGAAGAAGCAAAAUUAAAAGUUGAAGUCCAAGCUAAGAAACUUGACAUUAACACAAGUUUAUCUAAAAGCUUCUCGGAAGGAAGCUCAGCUUGUACAGGAAAUAAAGAAAAUGACGGUUUUGUUACAACCAGGAAGAAAAGUAGCGCCAGAGCAAAUGAUGAAAAUUCUUGGAAGAAACCAGAAAAGACAUUAUUGCAGUGUUCAACAAGUACAGGAACAGUUCCACUGGGAUGUGAAAAGCGCAAUGUUGCAAAGAGAAAGGCGUUGACAGAAGCAACAAAUCUUCAACAGUCCAAUGCUUUUGAGAUUACAGGGAAAUGGCAAUGCCCACAGAAACGUAAACCGGAUAAAGGGCCUGCUUUGAAGCAACUUAGGCUUGAGCGAUGGGUUCACAAGGUUGAAAAGGUCUCCCCUCAAUGACAAAGUUGGCUCAUUUCCCAAAUGCUGUAGCAUUUUGGUUGUCUAUGAAAGCAGUAAGUUCUAUAUAACAUUAGGG